AUCAGGAGCGGUUUGUUUAUUGUACGGCCAUCGCUCCACAAGCUUUUGGAGGAAGUUCACUUCUUUUGCGAAAAGAUUUGAAAAAUUUAGCUCGAAUAUUGGGUCCCAAAACGAAGAAAGACGGCCAAAGGAAAUAGCGAUCUCCCUAUUACCAUCAGGGAAUCGCAAAACAAUCGUCAGAGUACGGAAUGGAUGCCACGGAAGCCAAGAGACCUGCAAUAGGCACUCCUGUUGCAUCUUCUGCUACCCCAGCUCAUCCCGACCCUUUUAAUCGCAAGUCUGUACGCAAACCACCGAAAGGUCCGCCAAAGAAGCAGCAAGGCUCUUCGAGGUUUCGGACGAAAGCCAUCACAGAAAUCCAGCCGCUAAACUUGCUUAAAGAUACUCCGCCGGUUGAACAGCAAGAAUUGUUCAUCCAAAAACUUCAACAGUGUUGCAUAGUGUUCGAUUUCAUGGAUGCGGUCGGCGAAUUGAAGGGCAAAGAAAUCAAACGAGCUACCCUUAACGAGCUAGUGGACUAUGUCACUUCGGGGCGAGGCGUUCUUACAGAAAAUGUCUACCCUGAAAUCGUGAAAAUGGUGGCCUCUAAUAUCUUUCGAACAUUACCACCAUCUGAGAAUCCUGACUUUGACCCUGAGGAAGACGACCCCACCUUGGAAGCGUCUUGGCCACAUUUACAGCUUGUUUACGAAUUCUUCUUGAGAUUCUUGGAGUCUCCAGAGUUCCAGCCAAGCAUUGCGAAGAAGUUCAUUGAUCAGAAGUUUGUUUUGCAGCUACUUGAGCUGUUUGAUAGCGAGGAUCCCAGGGAGCGAGACUUCCUCAAAACUGUGCUACACAGGAUAUAUGGGAAAUUUCUGGGACUCAGAGCCUACAUUAGGAAGCAAAUUAAUAAUAUUUUCCUAAACAUGUUGGGGGGAAGGAAGUCAGUUGGGACAUUUGUCUUUGAGACAGAACACUUCAAUGGAGUUGGCGAGUUACUGGAAAUUUUAGGAAGUAUUAUCAAUGGAUUUGCCCUUCCUUUGAAAGCCGAACACAAGCAGUUUUUAAAGCGUGUUCUCAUCCCCCUUCACAAAGUGAAGUGCUUAGGACUUUAUCAUGCUCAGCUUGCAUACUGCAUUGUCCAAUUCUUGGAAAAAGAUGCUGCCCUUACUGAUGAAGUUAUUCUUGGCUUGUUGAGAUAUUGGCCAAAGACAAGUAGUCAAAAAGAAGUUAUGUUCUUAGGGGAAAUAGAAGAAAUUCUUGAUGUCAUUGACCCUGCACAAUUCCAAAAAAUAGAAGAAGCACUAUUCAAGCAAAUUGCAAAAUGUGUGUCCAGCCCACAUUUCCAGGUGGCUGAAAGAGCCCUGUAUUUCUGGAACAAUGAGUACAUAAUGAGCCUGAUUGAGGAGAACUCAAAUGUUAUUCUACCAAUUAUGUUCUCAAGUUUAUAUCGAAUUUCCAAGGAUCACUGGAAUCAGACCAUAGUAGCGUUAGUAUAUAAUGUUCUCAAAACAUUUAUGGAAAUGAAUGGCAAGCUGUUUGAUGAACUAACUUCGUCAUACAAAGCAGAUCGACAAAAGGAGAAAAAGAAAGAAAAGGAAAGAGACGAGUUAUGGAAAGAGCUGGAGAAAUUAGAUAUUGAGAGAAGAAAAAAGCUUGGCCUCCCUCCACCUGAACACAAUAACUCCGCCCCCCUAACCGGGAAAAGUGUCGCCAACGCUUCCGACAUCUCAUCCACGAAUCCCGGGGGGACAAAAAGUCCCAAAAGUUGAAAAUCGACCCUUGUAUAUCUUCUUUCCCAUGGUGAUUUGCAUAUUAUUCACAGUAAAACACUUAGUAAGAGGAAUGAAUUCUCGGCCUUUUUUAUUUUUCAGUGCAAUUAUUCUCGAACAUCGAGGAAGACAGGGGAAGGGAGAGAGAUUUGAUCUUCCAGGUUAAGGUUUAACAUCAUUCAAUUUAUCUCUCUUUCGUCCAGAUUAUACUGAAUGCGUGUGUAUGUUUUUUUUUUUGUUUUUUUUUUUUGUUACCGUGCCUGCAAGCAUAGUCGUCCAUGAUUCUCAUGAUAUUAUUAUUAUUGUAAAAUAUAUAAAGUACCGUAGGUAGUGUCCUAUACGAGCACAGCCACAGUUUACAAAAACACAAAAAAGACAGGGCCUUUGCACUGAAAGGGGUGGUUCUAUUUACUAAUGCACUACCAACAAUAUUAUGUAUGUUCAAAGUAGUCCAUUAGGAAAUUGCUACAAGUAAUGUACCAGUGAAAGGCAUGUUGAUAUUAAAUGAUAAGUGUA